AUGGAGCGAACGAUGUCUGCUGUCUCGAAAACGAGUAGUAACGGCUCGCAAAAGUCCUUUCGCAUGAAGAAACCGCCUUUGAAGUCUGCUGCAACGAGAAAUACGAAGCCAAACCACACCACCUCUGAAUGUGGUCACAAGCUCAAUUCUCGUUCGAUUCACACGAAAGGCGGUGCCACGGACAACAAAAACAUGAUUCAAAUUGUCACGCAGGAGCAAAUUCGAGACUUGCUCAUUCCGGGCGACGCUCCGAACACGUAUCCGACCAUUUGGAGCAAAGAUGAGUGGCAACGUUUGGACUCAAAAGCUCAUAUCAAGAGUUUCCAUGAUCAACUCGAAGAGAUGCAUCGCAUUCAGCAAGAACGCGAAAAAAUCCGUGAGGAAUCCGAAAGACGUAAAGCUGCGUUGCGGGAAAUUGACGCCAUGAAAGCUGCAAAAAAGUCAGAAUUGCUUGAAACGGAAGAAGCGAUCCCCGAAGAGGAAGACGAGGAAUUGCUGCAACGGAAAAUUUUGGAUCGCGCAUUUUUGGCGAAGCAGGAACGCGAAGAGGAAGUAAAAAAAGCAAAUCGCGUGAUUCUCCAGACAAAAUGUCACGUAAUUCGUGAUGCGCAAAUUCACGAAAAGCACGAAUUGAACAAAGAAAUCAAAAAUGAGGAGCUAAAAUUGGAGAAAAUGAUGUUGGAAGAGGCGGAACGUGCGUUGAAGGAAGAAGACAAGCGUCGACAAGAGUUAAAAAAGGAAAUGAUGAAGCACAGUGAAGAGUUACGUAAACAACUUGAGCAAAAAGAGCUCAUCCGUUUGAAGGAAGCCGAAUUAAUCGAAGAGGAAUCGAAAAAAAUGCAACAAGCCAUCGCUGCGAUCAAGUACGAUGAGAAGGAAAGACAGGCCCAAGAGCUUGCAAGGAAGAAAAAAAUUCAAUCGGAGCUUCAGCAAGCCAAGGAGCUCAGUACUUACUUCAAAAAUUUGGAAUUUGAGGAGGAAAGACGCGCAGAACUUAAAGUUUCGGAGUAUAUGCGACAAAAACGCGAACGUGAAGCCCAAAAAUUGCUUGAACAAAAAAUUGCGAAAGAUGCACGCGACAAAGAUCACGAACGUUUGCUCCAGUUACAACAAAAAAUAAUGGAUACAAAAUCCCAUCGUGAAGCUAUCGUUCUGCGACGAGGACAGGAACAAGUCGAGAGAGAAUAUCGCAAGAAAGAACGCGAGGCAGCAAUUAAAAAACGUGAAACUGAUCGAGAAAUUGCAAAAGCGCGAGCGAUUCAGUUGGAGGAGACGAAACGUCAACGAGCUCUCGAAAUAGCGCGAGAUGAAAUGGACUUCAAAACAACUGUCGAAAAAUUAAAGACCGAAGAAAUGCGUGAGAAGGAAAUGCAACGUCAGAAAGCCAUCGAGAAGCAACGUUAUCGCGAAGAAAUCAUGAAUCAAAUGACGGAACGGGAACGUAAAAAGAAAGAAGAGGAAGCUGAGGCGAAACGUGCCUUCCUUGAGGCGAUUGAGGCUGAAAAGAAUCGCGAGAGACUCGUCAAGAACAUAAUUGGACUCAAAAUUAAGCAAAUGAAGGAGACACAAAUUCCAGAACGUUUCGUUAAAGAUGUUCAGAAGCAGUUGAAUGUUCAAGUCAAAUAA